AUGGCCGAAGAMGAUGAAUCCUGGCAAGAAUUCUUUGAUAAUAACAGACUUAUUCUUCCUCAUCCUUCAAAGAGAGAGGUAGAAGGACAAAAACAAGCAAAUAAUGGAUUUUGCUUGACGAUCAAGAAUGCAGAAGGAGUUCGGCUGCCYCAAUCYCUCACAAACAUUGAGGAUCCUCAAGAGGUUGAGUUCCAACUAAGAAUAACAUUCUUCGAUACCGUCAAUAAGUAUUUCUAUGGUAGCACUUGGCUUGGUCCAGUUGUACCCCCUCUGAAAUCUGAAAACGACAGGUUUACUCUAGAUUGCGAUGAGGCUCUAUAUUUUCAUUCAUCACUAAAUGAUUAUACUUGUGUGGUGGCAAUUGAAGUAAUUGCAUUUGGCAAGAAUAAUCAAGGAUAUAGCCUAGGGUGGACUUUUAUUCGAAUAUUUGACAGAUUAGAUGACUUGCGGGAUAUUUCUAYUCCACCAAGAAUUCAAAGGCAGCCGCUAUACCAUGGUUCAUUAGGGGUGCUUCUAUAUCUUCCUACACAAGAUGGGCUCGAAGAUUACAUUGAUAACCAAAGAGUGGAUGGUUGCUUUGUUGGKUACUCUCUUCAAAGUCACYCCUUGUUGGACAAAGUCUUACACCUUAUGCCAGAGAAUGUGUUGAUUGGUGGGGAUGACAUAGUUCCUGGAAUUUCAGAGUCCAAUGUAGAUGAUUCUGGCAUGAUUGACAUUCUAAGGAAACCRAAACUUCUGAAAACGUUUCCAUGCUUCAUUAACAAGCUGAGUGUGUAUUUAGAACCAUCAGUUGAAGAAUUUGAGGAGCAUUUACUAGAAAAACUAAAUCAAGACAGAUUGCACAGGAGCAAUAUUUCUCCUGAUGACGGUCUGAUGGUCACUAUUGUAGAAAGAAGGUUAAAGGUUGGUGUCCAUAAUGGCUGGACAUAUGUCAGUGAGCCCCAUAUGGUGUACCUUGAACCUGAAUACGAGGGUGGUGGUAGCAAGUCAGGCAGACGUUCCCCAUCCCCUGCCUCUCAGGGAUCCCUUAGAAGUGCAGCAUCCAAGAUUGUUUGUCUUGUACUAAGAAGCAGGCUUGAACUGGUUGAGCUUGUCAAUCAUCCUCUAUUUGCCGUGGUCUUUGAAAUAGAGUACGUSAUAUCUGAACCAUUUGCACAACCUUUGAUUGAUACAAAAAGAAAAAAGGGAAGUCUUUCAGGUAGUUUGAUGAGAUCCACAAAACAGACAGCUACAGUACAGUUUGCUGUUUGGACGCCMUUUGARGAGGGUCCUCUUGAGGAAAAAGACAUCACCUUGAWUAUGGACCAUGGAGCCUUGCUUUAUCCUGGCAUGAGAAUGGUCUACAAGGCAAAAAAGACACCCCAAGAAAAGACACCUGGGAAGAUUAAAUUCAGUUUUACACAGCAGAAAAAAAGAACAGGAAGCCUAAAACCCAGUCCCCAAGGMUCACAGCUCRUAUYGUCCUUACCAGGCACAGCUGAUAGRCUAUCAACACCAUCUCUUGCUGGUCCAACAUCACCKUAYAGCUCACUAGGUGAUAUAAAUGCUGAUAAAGUGGACCAACCUUUAAGAGGACAGAUGGUUCCUGGAAUUGCUGGUAGACCACCAUUACCUGGAAAAAGUCCUCUUCCACAGAGAGCAGCACAAACACAGGGCUCUGUUGGCACACGUCCUACGGCACCUGAUCCAGUCUCCCAACUUACAGAGGUUCCCUACAGUCAGUAUCAUUCUCCCCUGUUACUAAGCAACACUGCUGGGUUGUCAAGUGGUAUGUCAACUUUAAGCCGUGCUGGUCAUGCACAGCUCUCUAGUGCUGGUUAUGCAUCUAUUGUUGAUCGUCAUGGCAACCCUCCCUUGGUGAUUGAUGCUGCUGAGGCUGUGCCGAUGAAUAUUGACCAUGAAGUAACAGACUCACUGCAGGCGAAUGAAAUAGUCAUCCAAUUCCUUGCUGUCUCAAGCUGCUUUGGUCACCAGUCUGUGUUCUUUACAUUNAUUUCUAGACUUUAUCUUAAAGGCUCAGAGAGUGAGAACCAAGGACAGCUGAGCAUCCUUCAGCGGCUUACAGCUAAUGGCACAAUWUCUAAUGAAGCACCUGGUCUUGUUCUUAAGUAUCUGGUAGACCCAGCAUACAUGCAGGAAGGGGAAAGCAAAGUAUUCAGCACAUACUUACUUGCACAGAAUAUACAUCURGAUGUAUGGGAUGGGGAUUCCCUGUUGCUUAUUGGAUCAGCUUCACUUGAACUSAAGCAUCUUCUGCGUCAAGGCMGAGAAGCAGUCCUUAUCAGCCAUGAGCUAGAUGUUGUGUCAGUAGAGUAUUCUGAGACAUCUCCAGCGAUGGUAGGCAACAUGACACGCACUGGAACUGUACAGCCUACUGGCAUGGAAACCAGCAUCAAAGCAAGACUACACUUACDAUUGGCUAACAUUGGCCAUCAUAGUGAGAUGCCGACAGCCCGUCUUGGCACAGUCCCCCGWAAGCGCUCCCACGUCAUUAUGUCCGAGACCAUAAGAGGAAAUAUGAGUGGUCUGGGAAUGACUGCUGGCAAAGCCAAGUGUAAAGCUAAGCUGCUUGCAGAAUGCGAUUCUGAGCUGGCUGCUGUGUUAUUUAGUAGACAAGGGAAAGUCAACAAGGGGGAUAAACCUGUCAAUCAAAUGGAUGCCGUCAGACAAAGGAAGUURCAACGAAUGCAGGCUGUUCGCCAGACUGGAGGGAGUGACGCAAAUGGUUCUAUAAUAUUAAGAAAGGAGGAGAAACUUCAAAGAUCCCGUGACCUUAAAACAAUCCAGUUAUACAGAGAUAAAAACAAGCAUGAAGGAAUCUUGUCUCUCCUCGCUGCUAAUAUCACUACAAACUACACCAUCUACCCUUCAUUUGGCCACGCUGAGUUUUUUGAGUUUGCAAUCAGGAACCCUCACGAUACAGAUCAGACCAUCAGCAUACAGUGUGAAGAUCAAGAACUUACUGUUAUCAAAGACGCUAGAGAAUGGAGAUUCUUCAAGAAAUAUGUUGAUAYGCACACACCUAUGGAGGAAAACAUGUUCAAUCAAGAAAGCUCAACAUUCCCAGAAGUGUUUCUUCGACCACACGAGAGUGUACACAUACCAUUCAAGUACCAAACGUUUMAAGCAGACCACAGCGUGCCCGACCAGUCUCCUUCACACCCKUUAAACCAACAAACUACAACAUUUAAAAAACUAGACAGUGUUCAAGACAAUAGGCUUCAGCCAAGAAGCAUAAAGGUUUCUUUUAUGAUGAAAGACAAUCGUCCUCUUGCUAUACUUAACUUAAAUAUUGAGCCACGACCACACACAGUYAACCAGACACUACGGUUUUAUCAUCCRGAGCAGUCUUUCUUCAAGAAAUCAAUCCGUACGCCUCCUUGGCGUUCUUUACCAGGUGCCCCUGUGAUUGACAAGGCACCCCCAAGCAUCAAUGUACGCUGUAGUGACGUCAAUGCUGUAUGUGAUAUCAGGAAAGUGGGUUCUGCUGAGCCCCAGGAUGUUUUCGUUAAAGUAGCAUGUGGACCAUCGCCAACCAUUAAACGGUUCUUUGUCUUGAUGUAUAUUGACCCAUAUAUGGCAAGUCCGGCUCAGACUUGGCAGCUUUAUGUGCAUUCUUUACAGAGGGUUGAUAUCACUGCAAUAGAAGGUCAAACAAGCCGUGUAUCUGUUAUUCUGCGUGGUACCCAGUCAUCUAGACUAGUACGAUGCUAUUCAUCUCACCCAGAAGAAUUACAGGUUUCACCAUCAGAUCCUGUCAUGUUGAUGGCAAACGCUGUACAGGAAGUGACGUUAUCCCUUACACCAAUCUCCUCGGGCAUCACCCGCUACAUGCAGGUCAACGUUGUCGACACAGAGUUUCAUCAGUUGGUUCGUACAUGGCUAGUGUGCGCCUCAUGUCAGCAACCAGUGAUAUCCAAGGCGUUUGAGUUACAACUCCAAGUAGGCGGCGGUAAAGGCUCWAAUAAGCGUGUGUCGUUUACUAACCCAUACCCCUCAAGAAAGGUUUUCCAUCUGAAAUGUAACAGACCAGAUUUACUGCAGUUCAAAGACAGUAAAAUCGAGGUUGGGCCUGGGCAGUCUCAGCAUAUAGGACUCAAGUUUGCACCUCAGCAAAUGGCCGGGACUCAGCAGCUUAUGAUAUUUAUUAAUGAUUCAGAGGGAAAGAACGAAGAAACCUUCAGCAUUAGUGCUGUAUAUAAGUAGAGCAUUAUUUAUAAGAAUUUUAUACCGUCGAAUUAAAUUUAAUGUUUAUUUUA